AUGCAUCGGUUCAAGCUCAACAGCUGCAGCAGCAGCAGUAGCUGCAACAGCACCAGACGCAGCAGCUCAGCAGCAGCAGCGGCAACCGAACCAGCAGCAACGGCAGCAGCAGCAGCGACGCCAAUACAACUGAAGGGGACUGCGGGCGUCAUUCAGUAUUCGUUGAGUCCCCUGCAGCAGCAGCAAAUGCAGCAGCAGCAACUGCAGCUGCAGCAAAUGGAGCAGCAGCAGGCUGCAGCAGGACGCUCAGUGACAGCAGCAGCAGCCCCUGCUGCUUCUGUUGCUGCUGCUCCCCCGCACCCCAUUUUUGCUGACGAAACCACCACAGUGCUCAUCCGCCUGCGCAUUGAUGUGGACGUGCUGCUGCCAUCUGAUGCAGCAGCAGCAGCAGCAGCGGCAACAGCAGCAGCGAGCUCGGCUGCUGCUGAAUCUAUUACUGCUGAAGAGGGACAGCUAGGCAUGUUGGAAACACCACAGCAGCAGCACAAGCAGCAUCAGCAGCAGCAGCACAAGCAGCAGCAGCAGCAGCACAAGCACAAGCAGCAGCAGCAGCAGCACAUGCAGCAGCAGCAGCAGCAGCACAUGCAGCAGCAGCAGCAUCCAGAGCAGCUCCCGUUGCUGCCGCUGCUGUUUGCUUCUUCGGACCCGAGCUGUUUAGCAGCUGCAGGCGACUUGACUGUGUGCCGCAUCGAGGACCAGCAGCAGCAGCAACAGCAGCAGCAGCAGCAACAGCAACAGCAGCAGCAGCAACAGCAGCAGGUUUGGCUGCUGUUUUCACUGUCAUCUGUAGUAGCCGUCCCGCUGUGGUUGCGCCAUUUGCUGCUGAAGCUGCCACUGGGCCAAACAGCGGAGGUGCUGCUGCCUCCCGAGCUGCUGCUGCUGCAGCAGCCGCAGGAAAAACGAGCGUGCAUGCAGCAGCAGCAAGAGCAGCAGCAGCAGCAGCAGCCGGAGGUUCAACAGGAGUCUGGUUUGGUUGAAGGGUUGCCAGCGAUUGCGUGGGAAGGGCUCUGGAUGCUGCAGCUGCCUGAAGUGAAUGGGGACGCUCAAGGCACUGCAGCAGGAGCUGCUGCUGCUGCUGGAGCUGAUGCUGCAAUCUCUCAGCAGCAGCAGCAGCAGCAGCAAUUCGAGUCUGCUACUGCAGCAGAACUAAAGAGAGUUGUAGAAGCUGUGAGAUGCAUAGAAAGAAGACAGCCUUCUGCUGCAGUCCCCCAUUUGCUGCGCUACACUCCAGAGAGACUGGAGAGGGUGCUGCAGCAAUUCCUAGGCGUGCAGCAGCAGCAGCAACAGCAGCAGCAGCAAGACAGCAUAGAGACCUUGUUUGGGCCGGGGCGUCUGCAGCUAAGCUGCAGAGCUUCUGUCUCCUUUGCAGGAGUACUGGGGAGGCGUCCAGACCACUGGGCUCUUUCGGGCGAGGCGAAAGCAGAUUUUGCUGCUGCGCUGAAGGCUGAGGGGAACCUGCUGUUUAAGCACGGAUGGAUCUCCGCCGCGCUGUCCAUGUACAAGAAAGGGCUAGACAUAUGCCGCAUGUCUGCUGCUUACUGGACGCUGCUGCAGCAGCAGCAGCAGCUGCUGCUGCCGCUGAACACUGCUUCUGCCUUAUCUGCCCACGGCCCCCUUGGCAGCAAAACAGAACUUCCUGUUGCUGCAGCACGAGCUCUUUGCUGCAGCUUGUCUCUCAAUGCAGCAUCUUGCUGCCUGAGGCUGCAGCAGUUUAAUGAAGCAGCAGCGCACUGCGAUGUCGCUCUCGCCUGCGCGCGCAGCAGCAGCAGCAGCAGCAGCAGCGAACAGGGAGAGGCGGCAGCGCGAAGUCCGCAGCAAAUGCAGCAAAACCAAGACCAGCAGCAGCAGCAGCAGCAGGGAUUUGACCCGCUGCUGUCGCAGAAAACUGCGCUGCACCGGAAGGCCCUGGCGCUGCAGGCAGCAGGAGAUGACGCAGCAGCUUUAGCAGCAGCAAAAGCUGCUGCUGCUUUGUCCCCUAAGGACAGGCAUAUAAGGGCGCUGCUGCUGGAGCUGCAGCGCGAAAGACAGAAGCAGCAGCAAGGGGCAGCUGCCAUGAGGGGAUUUCUACUGUAG